AUGCCGUCGAUUGACAAUGCCAACGACAAUGGCGAGCUCAAGCCGCCGGAGCAGCAGCUGGUUUGCGUGACCGGGGCAGGAGGCUUCAUCGGGUCCUGGGUGGUGAAGGAGCUCCUCCUCCGUGGCUACCACGUCAGGGGAACCGCCAGGAAUCCUGCGGACAGCAAGAACGCGCACUUGCUGGCCCUGGAGGGAGCGGAAGAGAGGCUCACCCUCUGCCGCGCCGACCUUCUCAACUACGACAGCCUCCGCGCCGCCUUCACCGGCUGCCACGGCGUCUUCCACGUCGCCUCCCCCGUCUCCAACGACCCCGAGCUCGUCCCGGUCGCCGUGGAAGGGACAAGGAACGUCAUCAGCGCGGCGGCGGACGCGGGCGUGCGGCGCGUCGUCUUCACAUCGUCAUACGGCGCCGUGCACAUGGACCCCAACCGGAGCCCCGACACCGAGCUCGACGAGACCUGCUGGAGCGACUACGAUUACUGCAAGCAGUCAGGCAACCUGUACUGCUGUGCGAAGAUGAUGGCCGAGAUCACGGCGACGGAGGAGGCAGCCAAGAGGGGCCUGGAGCUGGCGGUGGUGGUGCCGUCCAUGACCAUGGGGCCCAUGCUGCAGCAGGCGCUCAACUUCAGCAGCAGCCACGUCGCACGCUACCUCACCGGCGCCAAGCCCAGCUACCCCAACGCCGUCGCCGCCUACACCGACGUCCGCGACGUCGCCCGCGCCCACGUCCUCGCCUACGAGCGCCCCGACGCCCGCGGCCGCUACCUCUGCAUCGGGGCCGUGCUGCACCGCGCGCACUUCCUCAAGCUACUCAAGGACCUCUUCCCGCAGUACUCCUUCACCGCCAAGUGCGAAGACGACGGCCAGCCGAUGGCGAAGCCGUACAAGUUCUCCAACCAGAGGCUCACCGAAAGUUUGUACGAGACCGUGACGUGCCUGCAAAAAAAUGGCCACCUGCCUCUGCCCGCUUCCGUGGCGCCAAAGCGUGCAUACCUAUAA